CCUGGUCUCCGGCGAGGGCGAGGGCGACGGCGGGGGGCAGUGAGGGCUGCGGCGGAGGUGGCCGCGGGCGGUCCCCGUCCCCGGAGCAGGGGGCGGGCGGUGGACGCAGGGGAACGAGCAGCUGGCUUUCCCCGGUGAGGACUCGGGUUUGCGUCUCGCGGAGCGGCGGAUCCGCUGGUGGCGGUGCGGGCGACUGGUGCUGGUGGCAUGUUUCUGCAGUAAGUUUGCUUCAGCGAACUUUUUGAUGCCUGACCUUCCUGUUUGGAUCAUACUCAACAUCUUGUUUAGAAAAUGGGUCCUACAGGACGCCUGGUUACCAUCAAAAGGAGUGGGGUCGAUGGCCCUCACUUCCCACUGAGCCUCAGCACCUGCUUGUUUGGAAGGGGUAUUGAAUGUGACAUUCGUAUCCAGCUCCCUGUCGUGUCAAAACAGCAUUGCAAAAUUGAAAUCAGUGGGCAGGAGGCGGUAUUGUUUAAUUUCAGUUCCAGCAAUCCGACGCAGGUGAACGGCUGUGCUAUUGAUGAGCCUGUGCAACUAAAGCACGGAGAUGUGAUCACUAUUGUUGAUCGAUCUUUCAGGUAUGAAAACGAAAUUCAUCAGAAUGGAAGCAAGUCAACUGAAUGCCUGGGACGAAAACGCAAACAGGAAUCUCUGCUUCGGGUCUCCAGAUCUAGCUUCUCUUCUGAUCCUGAUGGGAAAGUUCAAGAUUCCAGUGCCUGUUCAAAAGUCUCUGAAGAUGUUUCAGGAAGUCCUCUGGUGCACGUGAAGAAUGGCAAAGCAGCCAGCACAGUCUUGGAUGGCUCUGGAGAUCAUGUUGCCAGCCAAACUCUUGAUGUUGUUCAUUCCUCAGAACCGCCUGGAGAGAACUACAGAAAUGUGACAGAUCCUACAGCUAGGGAUUAUAAGGAAGAUUCCAGCGUACCCUUAGUGAGCUGUAAUAGAAAAUUGAAGUCUUUCCCCUCUACAAGGUGUCUUGAGAAUAGUGAAAACCAUGAGUCUCCCUUUAGGAAGCUUUAUGUGUCAAUGAAGGAAGAGUUUGAUGUGAGAUCAGAAAAAGGAAAUGUUCUGCAGAGCAGUAAAAAAUCAGGAUCACAGAGUCAUUGUGCCCUGGAGAAUGAACGUUCUGGUGGUUUACAAGACGGAACACAAGUCCCGGUCUCCCUUAAAUCCAGACCCAGAUCGGGCCGAUUCACCCAAAUCGAGGCAGACUCUGCUUUGGGGAAACAAGGAAUUAGCCAGACUGAAGACAGGAGAAACGAUGAAGACGCUGCUCAGAAUCCCAAGGAGGCCAUGAGUCCCAGCAUCCCUCCUAAGGAGAUGACAAGAGCCAAGACCCUGGCCCAACGUUCCCCACACAGUUCCUCCCGAAAACGUCGGAGUGAAGACAUGAGUAUUACCAGUGGAAGUGAAUCCAUGAAUCUGGAUCAGAGGGAAGGCUUCGGGACAGAGAACGAAACGUUGACUCCGAGGAUGUUCUUAGCCAGAAAUCAAACACCCGCUAAAGUAGAAAAUGCUGAUAAUUUUGAAGAUACACCAGAAAAACUCUUUUCCAAAAAGAGGAGGAGUGUUCCUCCCAGUGUGGACAUUCUUACCGCAGAAACAGAAACUCAGAAUCAUACUAUUUUGGCUCCGUUGCCCGUUCAAGUUGAAAGGAAGAUUCAAGGAGUUUCCGUCCACCAACCUGAGAAAGUGGGCGCCACAGCUGGGCACACAUGCUCUGGGUUACCUGGUCAUAGUUCAGUUGAUACCAGCAACUUUGGUGACUCCAAUAAUAAGAUUGAGGGAACACCCCUGAAAAAAAGGCGGGUCUCCUUUGGUGGUCGUCUGAAACCGGAGUUAUUUGAUGAAAACUUACCUCCUAACACGCCUCUCAAGAGAGGAGAAACACCAAGAAGAUCUCUUGUAAGCCACACCCCACCUGUCCUGAAGAAAAUCAUCAAGGAAUACCCUCCACCAUCAGGAAAAGAAGAUUCUUCAGAAAACCAACUGGAAGUGACCACACAACCCCAGCGUAAGGGAUCUCCAGCUCGUGAUCCUAUGCAAACUUCUCCAGUUGCUACUGACACACGCCGUAGGUCAUGCAAGGCGGCCUCGGUCCCCGGGGGCAGCAAAUCUCCUCAUCACACAGAUAUUCCCAAGAGGGGAGGGAAGAGGAGCGGCAACUUGCCUUCAAAGAGAACUUCCAUUGAUCGAAGCCAACAUGAAAUCUUGCAGAUGAUUUAUUCCAGAAGAAGGAGUGGUGCUUCGGAAGCCAAUUUAAUUGUGGCAAAAUCGUGGGCAGACAUAGUAAAACUCGGUGCCAAACAAACACAAGCUAAAGUGGUUAAACACGGCCCCCAAAGACAGCUGAACAAAAGGCAAAGAAGAAUGAAUACACCAAAGAAGCCUGUUAGCAACGUUCACAAUCAAUUUAGCACAGGCCAUGCCAACUCUCCCUGUACCAUAAUAAUAGGGAAAGCUCACAUUGAGAAAGUAAAUGUGCCCACUCGGCCCUACAGAAUGCUGAACAACUUUGUAUUCAGCAAAAAAAUGGACUUUAAUGAAGACCUUUCAGGGUUAACUGAAAUGUUCAAGACUCCAGCAAAAGUGAAGUUACAAACAAUGAGCCUAUGUCCCAAAACUUUUUCAAAUUCAGAAGAUCUCCUUGGAAAAGAGUUUCAAGUACCUAACUCAGGAGAAAAACCUCUGCUGUGCACUUCAGAAGAUUUGGGAGAGAAUGUAUUCUCCAUGAGUCAGAAUGCAUUACAAGAGCCAUCUAAUCAAAGUCCUGCAAGCCCUGCCCUCAGACGACAGGCUAUUGGAGUAAAUACAAACAUCGAGAAGACUCCAGGAUCAGGGGCAGAGCCUCGGAAGUCGGCAUCAAAUGAAAACAGGCUUCGAAGGUCCGAGGAGCUCAGAAAUACACGGAUGCCAGGUGUAGGGCCCAAGGACGGAGAAGCAGAAACAGACAUUGCUGAGAGCACUUCAGGACGACAUCUGACAAAAAUUCCACAGCGAGGGCGGAACCUGGAGGGAGCGACAGAGGAAUGGGAGAGCUAUUCUGAAGCGUGUACGAAAGCUGUCCAGUCAGAAGAAAAUUCUGCAAAGAUGGUAGCUGUGAGGAGAUCAAGAAGACAUUCAGAGCAAAAAUGGGAACCAGUAGCAGACUUGACCACCCUCACAGGAUGGGAGGACCCAGAACCCAAGAAAGACUUGAGGGGCAUCCAUGGUCUCCAAACCCCCACUCACACCCAAGAACCAAUGGAUGUGGGAAAUAAAACUGCAGAAAAGUGCCAGAAAUCCUCAAAACCAGAAGUAGCUGGCAUGCCAACCAGGAUGAACAUACAGCUCAAGACCUCUCCCCAGAGAGUGGAACAAGAGGAAGAGCCCUCAGCUCUCAGGAAGCCCACCCGAACUCCAAGAGAAAGCACACACACACACAGAGAAUCAGGAGGUGGUGAUGAAGACAUCAAAUUGUUCAAGGAAACUCCAAAGAGGAAACUGGACUCUGCAGAAGAUGUAACUCGAAGCAAGAGGAGGUCAAGAACACCUAAGAAAACUGCCCAGUCCUUAGAAGACCUGGCUGACCUCAGAGAGCUCUUCCAAACGCCAAACCACAAAGAUAAAUCAAUGGCUGAUGGCAAAGCCACCAAAGUACCCUGCAGACCUCCACUAGCAGAACCAGUCAACACACCAACAAGUAGAAGGAGGCAGCUUGAGACCCCUCUCCAGAAGGUGGACCUAGAAGAAGAGCCCUCAGCUCUCAGGAAGCCCACCCAAACACCAAGGAAAAUCAUGCUUUCACACAGAGAACCAGGAAAUGGUGAUGAAGGCAUCAAAUUGUUCAAGGAAACUCCAAAGCAGAAACUGGACUCUGCAGAAUAUGUAACUGGAAGCAAGAAGAGGUCAAGAACACCCAAGAAAAUGGUCCAUUCUCCAGAAGACCUGGUUGGUCUCAAAGAGCUCUUCCAAACCCCAGAACACACUCAGUACCCAAUGGCUGAUGACAAAACUACCAAAGUACCCUGCAAAUCUCCACUAGCAGAGCCAGUCAACACACCAACGAGUGGAAGGAGGCAGAUCAAGACCCCUCUCCAGAAAGUAGACCCAGAGGAAGAGCCCUCAGCUCUCAGGAAGCCCACCCAAACACUGAGGGAAAGCACACACUCACACGGAGAACCAGGAGGUGAUGAUGAAGGCAUCAAAUUGUUUAACCAAACCCCAAAGCAGAAACUGGACUCUGCAGAAAAUGUAACUGGAAGCAAGAAGAGGUCAAGAACACCUAAGAAAAGCAUCCAGUCCUUAGAAGACCUGGCUGGCCUCGGAGAGCUCUUUAAAACACCAAACCAAACAGAUAAACCAAUGGCUGAUGACAAAACCACCAAAGUACCCCGCAAAUCUCCACUAGUAGAUCCAGUCAAUACACCAACAAUCAGAAAGAGGCAAAUCAAGACCCCUCUCCAGAAAGUAGGCCUAGAGGAAGAGCCCUCAGCUUUCAGGAAGCACACCCAAACACCGAGGGAAAGCACACACUCACACAGAGAACCAGGAGAUGGUGAUGAUGAAGACAUCAAAUUAUUUAACCAAACUCCAAAACAGAAACUGGACUUUGCAGAAAUUGUAACUGGAAGCAAGAGAAGGUCAAGAACACCUAAGAAAACUGCCCAGUCCUUAGAAGACCUGGUUGGCCUCAGAGAGCUCUUGCAAACACCAAACCAAACAGAUAAACCAGUGGCUGAUGACAAAACCACCAAAGUUCCCUGCAGAUCUCCACUAGCAGAUCCAGUCAAUACACCAAGUAGGAGGCAGAUCAAGACCUCUCUCCAGAAAGUAGGCUUAGAGGAAGAGCCCUCAGCUCUCAGGAAGCCCACCCAAAUGCUGGGGGAAAGCACACACUCACAUAAAGAACCAGGAGGUGAUGAUGAAGGCAUCAAAAGGUUCAAGGAUACCCCAAAGCAGAAACUGAACUCUGCAGAAAAUGUAACAGGAAGCAAGAGGAAGAGGAGGUCAAGAACACCUAAGAAAAACAUCCAGUCUUUAGAAGACCUGGCUGGCUUCAGAGAGCUCUUUAAAACACCAAACCAAACAGAUAAACCAAUGGCUGAUGACAAAACCACCAAAGUACCCUGCAAAUCUCCACUAGCAGAUCCAGUCAAUACACCAACAAUCAGAAAGAGGCAGAUCAAGACCCCUCUCCAGAAAGUAAGCCUAGAGGAAGAGCCCUCAGCUUUCAGGAAGCCCACCCAAACACCGAGGGAAAGCACACACUCACACGGAGAACCAGGAGGUGGUGAUGAAGGCAUCAAAUUGUUUAACCAAACUCCAAAGCAGAAACUGGACUCUGCAGAAAAUGUAACUGGAAGCAAGAAGAGGUCAAGAACACCUAAGAAAAGCAUCCGGUCCUUAGAAGACCUGGCUGGCCUCGGAGAGCUCUUGCAAACACCAAACCAAACAGAUAAAGCAAUGGCUGAUGGCAAAGCCACCAGCGUACCCUGCAAAUCUCCACUAGCAGAACCAGUCAACACACCAAGUAGAAGAAGGCAGAUCAAUACCCCUCUCCAGAAAAUAGACCCAGAAGAAGAGCCCUCAGCUCUCAGGAAGCCCACCCAAACGCUGGGGAAAAACACACACUCACAUAAAGAACCAGGAGGUGAUGAUGAGUUCAUCAAAAGGUUUAAGGAUACCCCAAAACAGAAACUGUACUCUGCAGAAAAUGUAACUAGAAGCAAGAGGAGGUCAAGAACACCUAAGAAAAACAUCCAGUCCUUAGAAGACCUGGCUGGCAUCAGAGAGCUCUUCCAAACCCCAGAGCACACCCAGGACCCAAUGACUGAUGGCAAAACCACCAACAUACCCUGCAAAUCUCCAUUAGCUGAACCAUUCAACACACCAACAAGUAGAAGGAGGCAGCUUGAGAUCCCUCUCCAGAAAUUGGACCUAGAAGAAGAGCCCUCAGCUUUCAGGAAGCCCACCCAAACACUGAGGGAAAGCACACACUCAUACGGAGAACCAGGAGGUGAUGAUGAAGGCAUCAAAUUGUUUAACCAAACUCCAAAGCAGAAACUGGACUCUGCAGAAAAUGUAACUGGAAGCAAGAAGAGGUCAAGAACACCUAAGAAAAGCAUCCGGUCCUUAGAAGACCUGGCUGGCCUCGGAGAGCUCUUGCAAACACCAAACCAAACAGAUAAAGCAAUGACUGAUGGCAAAGCCACCAGCGUACCCUGCAAAUCUCCAUUAGCAGAACCAGUCAACACACCAACAAGUAGAAGGAGGCAGCUCGAGAUCCCUCUCCAGGAACUGGACCUAGAAGAAGAGCCCUCAGCUCUCAGGAAGUCCACCCAAACACCAAGGGAAAGUACACCCUCACACAGAAAACCAGGAGGUGAUGAUAAAGACAGCGAAUUAUUUAACCAAACUCCAAAACAGAAACUGAACUCUGCAGAGAAUGUAACUGGAAGCAAGAAGAGGUCAAGAACACCUAAGAAAAACACCCAGUCCUUAGAAGACCUGGCUGGCCUCAGAGAGCUCUUCCAAACCCCAGAGCACAGCCAAGACCCAAUGGCUGAUGGCAAAACCACCCGUGAACCCUGCAGAUCUCCAGUACCAGAUUCAGUCACUCCAACAAUCAGAAGGAGGCAGCUCGAGACCCCUGUCCAGGAGGUGGACCUAGAGGAAAAGCCCUCUUCUCUCAGGAAGCCCACCCAAAUGCUGGGGGAAAGCACACACUCACGCAGAGAACUAGAAGGUGGUGAUGAUGACAUUAAAUUGUCUAAGGAAACUCCAAAGAAGCUAGACCCUGUAGAAAAUGUAACUAGAAGCAAGGAAGGAAAGGCUCAAUUCCUGGAAGACAUGGUCGGUUUUAAAGAGCUCUUCCAAACUCCAGAGCUCAGCAAGGAACCAACAGCUAUUGUCAAAGCCACAAUAAUGCCCUGCAAAUCUCCACCAGCAGAAACAGGCAGCACACCAACCCACAUGAAGAGAUAUCUCCAGAUACCUCUGGGGGAGGAGGACUUAAAGAAAGAGCUCUCACCUGUCAGGAAGCCCAUCCUAAUGCCAGGGGAAGCCACACACACAGAGCAAGAUCCAGGAGGUGAUGAUAAAGACAUCAGAUUGUUCAAGAAAACCCCAAAGCAAAAAUUGAACCUUGCAGAAAAUGCACCUGGAAGCAAGAAGCAGCCAGGAACACCCCAAAAAAUGACCCAUUCUCUAGAAGACCUGGUUGGUCUCAAAGAGCUCUUCCAAACCCCAGAGCACACCCAGGACCCAAUGGCUGAUGGCAAAACCACCAAAAUGCCCUGCAAAUCUCCAGUAACCGAACCAGUCAACAAGCCAACAGGUAGAAGGAGGCAACUCAACACCUUUCCCCAGAAAGUGGAUGUAGAGGAAAAGCCAUCAGCUCUCAGGAAGCCCACCCGAACGAGGCGGGGAGCCACACACACACACACACAACCAGGAUGUGGUGACAAAGAUACCAAAUUGUCCAGGGCAAUCCCAAAGCAGAAACUGGACUCUGCAGAAAAUGUAACUGGAAGCAAGAGGCAGCCAAGAGCACCCAAGAAAAAUGUCCAGUCCUUAGAAGACCUGGCUGGCCUCAGAGAGCUCCUCCAAACCCCAGAGCACACCCAGGACCCAAUGGCUGAUGGCAAAGCCACCAGUGUACCCUGCAAAUCUCCAGUAGCAGAACCAGUCAACAAGCCAACAGGUAGAAGAAGGCAACUCAACACCUUUCCCCAGAAAGUAGAUGUAGAGGAAGAGCCAUCAGCUCUCAGGAAGCCCACCCGAACGCGGCGGGGAGCCACACACUCACACACACAACCAGGAGGUGGUGAUGAAGAUACCAAAUUGUCCACGGCAAUCCCAAAGCAGAAACUGGACUCUGCAGAAAAUGUAACUGGAAGCAAGAGGCAACCAAGAGCACCCAAGAAAAACGUCCAGACCUUAGAAGACCUGGCUGGCCUCAGAGAGCUCUUCCAAACCCCAGAGCACACCCAGGACCCAAUGGCUGAUGGCAAAGCCACCAGUGUACCCUGCAAAUCUCCAGUAGCAGAACCAGUCAACAAGCCAACAGGUAGGAGAAGGCGCCUCAAGACCUCUCCCGAGAAAGUAGACCCAGAGGAAGAGCCGUCAGCUCUCAGGAAGCCCACCCGAACGCGGCGGGGAGCCACACACUCACACACAGAACCAGGAGGUGGUGACGAAGACAACAAACUGUUGAAUAAAACCACGAAGCAGAAAGUGGCCCCUGCAGAAAAUGUAAUGCUCAGGAAAAAUCGACCGAGAGCACCUAAGGAAAAGUCUCAAGCCCCGGAAGAACUGGCCAGUUCCAAAGAGUCCUCCCAAAUGCCAGGUCACACCAAGGGACUGGGAGAUGAGGCGAGUAGCAUCCAGGAAACUCCAAAGCAAACUCCAGACAGAGGGAAACCUGUGAAGGUUUUGCAAAGAGGGGUCAGGGCCCCCAGAGGAAAAGCCGUGGAUGACCUGGUGGGCCAGAGAGACCCUCUUGUAGAAUCUGGAAGUGAAGGCAGCGUUUCCCUGUCCUCCAAGAGGAAACGAGGAACGGACGGAGGUCAGACAGGAAUGAAGAGGCUGCGCUCUGCAACUUCUGCCCAGGACACUGCAGAGGAGAAGCCACCCCAGAAGAGGAGGAGGACAGCUCCCAGAGAAGGAUGUGACCCACCGGAGCAGCCCCUGACCGUGAAGAAGAAGCUGAGUGUUGUGGUGGAAAAGAUAGAAGUCAUGGGAGACCUGCCCAGGAGCCACAGAGAGGCUGAAGAAAAGGGACAAGAAGUAGGAAGGAUGACCCCGCCACAUCAGGGAAGGUCCCUGCGCUCUAGACGCCCCAAUAAAAUGGAAGUGGAAGAGCAAAGACCCGAGCCUGUUACAGCAGCAGCCGCAGCAGAGAAAAUGAAAACAAAGAGAAGUGACAAGAAGCCCCUGAAGACCUCCCAAGAGACGAAGCCACAAAGCCCAGAAGCCAAGAGUUCUGCUUCUGGGGGCAAAGCCCCCCGUGAAAGUAGAAUGUGUCUGCGAUCUGCGAGGCCGAGUAAGAUGCCCUCGCCCGAUGUAGCAGAGGAGAAGCAAGGGGAGAGAAGAGGGGGUGCUCUCGUGAAGGAGCAAGAGGAAGACGUGAGGCAGCCUUCCGCCCCGAAGCGUUUGAGAUCCAGAAAAAUCACAGACCCUCCUGGAGGAAAUGCUUUGGAGAGCGAACCCUGUCCCAGAGUAACUCGGAGUGCCAAGAGAUGUGCCGAAAAUACAAAAGAGGAUAAUGACCACGCGCGCCCCAAGAGAUUAAGAACCCGACGUCGUCGGGACGAUGAAGAUAUUUAGCUAAGAACCUGAACAGGGAGAACAGAAACUAAUAAGUUCAGUUUAGUGAUAUAUUCUAGUACAAUAUUUGGGUACAUUUAAAAGGGAAUUCUGUAAAUAAUGCUGAGUGUUUAAGGAAAGAAGGCUUAGAGUGUUGUCCCAGGAUGGUCUGUUGAGAAAGAUCUGCCGACCUGAGACCGUGAGGAAGAUGUAGACCUUGGGUCGGGGCGGGCAGGGGGUGGGGACCCAGAAAUGGCCUUUGCUUUGGCAGAACCAAGCCACGAAGCUCCUGGCCCGAAGCCCGUCCCUGUCGCCCACGCCAGCACUUGCCACGUCGCGCCGUACAUGCUCUCUGUUGCUCUGUGUCCCCGCCAGACUGUGGAGCCGGGGCUCCUGUCCCUGUGUCCCUGGCCCCGGGCAGGCACUCAGGAGACAGUACGAAGGGGCAGAUGAACAGGCUCAUCGCGACGGGGACGCGUUUGGUCCUCUGCACCGGGCAGCCCGUCCUCAGGAUCCUUAGCACGGAAGGGAGUCCAGGGGUGGCCCGGCCGCAGGGUGUCGGGGUCACCGAUGAGGAUCUGACGGGCCGCCGGCCUCUUCCGCUGCAGCGUGGCUGCCCUGGGACAGCACCGACCGGGGAGCCACUCGUCUCCGAACAGCCGCAGCUCUCGCAGCUUCUCGAGCUUUCCUCUUCCCUGUUCCAAGCUUUCUCCUGGAUCUGCCCCUGGCCUGUGCUUUCCCUGACUGCGCCUGGCAGCCGCCUUCCCCCCCAGCUCCCACCUUAUUCAGGAACCAACACAAGCCCCCCUCCCGAAGGACAGCCGUGUCCCCUCAGGUCUCCCACCCAGACAGCGCCCCACCGGGCCUCCCUACCUCUGCGUCCACUUCGUCCCAUCCCCCUUUCCGUGUUACCUGAACUAGGAAGCAGAGCACUGAGUCCUCCCCGCUCACCCGUCUGGGCAGCUUGACGCGGGGAUGGAGACCAGAGAGCGGAGAGGGUCGCUGUCCCCGACACUGUCCCUGUCCGUCCAUUCUGCUAUCGUGUCUGGCAUGGGGCCAUGUGCACGGAAUAAAAGACAUUUGCUGGAUGAA